AUGGCUGGAGAUGGAGCAUCUGGAUGGGACGGGUGCUGUGGUGGCAGGCUACAAUCUGUGCUCCAGGGACUUGUUCUGCACAUGGCGUGGGCAUGGACAUGGCGUCGAUAUGCAAGGAGGCGAGGAGAGGGGUUCGAGAUGGAGAUGGAGAUGGAGAUGGCGAUGGCGAUGGCGAUGGAUGCACGCCAUUCAGCUGCUGGCAUCUUUCGCUCUCGAGGUCUGCAAAAUGCCUCUCUCGGCUCGGAAACGAUGGAGAUGGACGACGGCGGUGCAGCUCAGGUCACACCAGACGAACCGCUACAGGAGGUUGCAGGCGAGCAAACAAAGAGGCACAAGGUGAAACAGGAAGGCGACGCUGCGGAAUACACCGCGGCAUGGCCUGGUGUGGCCUGA